AUGACCGACUGGUCGAAGCUCAAAGUCGUCGACCUCAAAGCAGAGCUGAAGAGCCGUGGCCUGCCUUAUGCAGGGCUAAAGGGGGAGCUGAUCGCUCGAUUGGUCGCUGCCGACGAGGAGGCAGCACAGCAAGGGGGAGAAAACCCGGAGCAAGAGGAGAAGCCACAAGAACCAGAGCCAGAGGUUCAAGCAGAGCCAGAAGUUCAGCCCGAGAUUCAGCCAGAGGCGCACCCAGAAGCACCCGCAGAGCCGGCGACGGUCGAUACACAGAAUGUCAAAGCAACUUCAGAACCAGUCGCGGUGAGGCCUCCCUCGCCCGUGAAGGAGCGCGAUCCGACGCCCGAGGAGAAGGCCGAAAUUCCUUCCGAAGCUACAAAGAGUGAUGGCAGUGGUCAGGGCGGUGAGGCGGCAGCCAGCAGCCUCCCGCCAGUUGGCGAAACUCCAGCUUCCCUCGAACAAGUUACUUCUUCGGCUUCCCCCAAACCCGAAGAACAGUCAACUGCGCAGGCUUCCAUCGAACCGACACCAGAAGCUCAGAAGCGCAAGCGACGCUCGCAUAGCCCUCUGCCCACCGAAGAAGACAUAGCUCGAAAGCGCGCGCGCUCUGAGAACACUGCAAACGGCGGCGAGAUUCAUGCCACGGCCGAAACGAACGAAGCCGAUGUUGAUAUGACCGGUGCUGGCGCGCUUGAUACCACGCCACCGACGGUCGACAAGGGCGAAACUGAUACCAAGGUUAUCGCAGAUUCGCGUAAAGAGUCGCCCUCACCAGUCGCUGACGCUCCACCCACUGAGAUGGAUUUUGAAAGGGACGUGGAACCAGCGGUGCACACUCCCACUGUCGCCCUCUAUAUCAGCAAUCUCAUGCGCCCCCUGCGUGAUGUCGAUAUUCUUGAACAUCUUGGUAGCCUGGCAUCUGCAUCCAGCGCAGAUUCAGGGCAAGACCGCAUCGUCAAGUUUUACCUCAACUCAAUCCGCACCCAUGCAUUCGCCGUCUUCGACACCGAGUCAUCUGCUACUCGAGUUCGCGCCGCGUUACAUAAAUGCGUUUGGCCAAAUGAAAGCAACCGCAAGGCACUAUCAGUCGACUACAUCCCUCCCGAAAAAGUGGAUGAAUGGAUCGACAUAGAAAAGGCUGGUGGCUCACGGUCUUCUUCCCGCUGGCAGGUGGUAUACAGACCUGGACCAGAUGGGUUUGAAGCUGUAUUGGAAUCGGGAUCCGUAUCGAAAGCGAGACCAACUGAGCCGCCACCACCAUCCAAUAUUGGUGCCGACAGUACCAAUGCCAUCCCCAUUGGCCCUCGAAGCCACCGUGAACGUGAACGUGAGCGAGAGCGGGAUCGUGAUCGUGAUCGUGAUCGUGAUCGUGAUCGUGAUCGUGAUCGUGAUCGUGAUCGUGAUCGUGAUCGUGGCAUGAUGCCUCCACCACCCACGGGGCCAAGAGGUGGACGGUCAGCAGCAGGGGCAGGGGGUCGACUCACUGCCAGUCCUUUGGAUCAUGUCGUAGAGAAAACCCACUCUCGGCCUCCCAUCUCAUACCAGAUGGUCUCUGAGGAUCUCGCCCGCAGCCGUUUGGACAAUAUGCGAUCCCACUACACUCGCGACAGAAACCGCGACUUUGGCCGCGAAAUCAACCGCUAUUCUUUUGAAAAUGGAGACGUUUUUGUAGACCGUGGCAAAGAGAUUUUCGAGGGCAUCCGACCUCCUCACCGCGAGGCUGAUCGCCGCGGCGCAGGCGGCGGUGGACGAGGAGUUCGUUCGCAAGGGCGAAGAGGACCGCCGCCUUUCCGACAGAGGAGUGAUAGAUACCUUCCUGGGGCUGGUAGCGGCACAGGCUCUAGCUACCGCUCCGGAGGUGGACGACGCAGGGAUAGCGAUGAUGACCGAUUGCCGAGACGCGAUGAUUCUAGGGAUAGGGAGCAUAGAGAUCGCCGCCACCGCUAAGGGACGCGGCGAAGUUACGAAUGUUUAAUGGAUGCCAUCUAUCGAUUUUUUUUUUUUUCGCCAACACUCUUCGACUCCCUUCGUUUUAGUAGGAGGGGCAACGUUGAAAAUGACGAACGAAUUUCUCAUCUUCUUUCUCUUCUCUUUAAAAGAUUUUACCUAAUCUUUUUUUUUUUUUUUCAUGCCCUCUUAUUUUAUAGAGGGGCUAUUUAAUUUUCGUUUCUUCAUCUACUUUUAUUUUGUGUUUCGGAACUUUUGAGAUGUGAGCGAGAGAUAUUUGAGGCUAUAUCGGAAAUCAUACUGGACUGCCAAACAGCUUUACUUAUUCAUAAGAUGAGAUAGGACAGGGAUAGGACAGGGUUCAGGGAUUGGCUGGGUGGGAUUGGCACUGGAAGGGACAUGAGAUUUCUGAACUUGGGCUUUUGUGUUAUCAGAAGGGGGAGAGAGAGGGGAGAGGGGAGGGGCAUUAUGACUACUGGACGGC